AUGCCGAACAACAGAGUCACCUACCGCACCCGCAACCCCUACAACACCUCCUCCAACCUCACCCGCAUCGUCAAGACCCCCGGUGGUGAGCUGAGAGCUCUGCACAUUCGCAAGCGCGGUACUGCCCCCAAGUGCGGUGACUGCGGUACCAAGCUCCCUGGUGUCCCUGCCCUGCGCCCCCGCGAGUACGCUCAGAUCUCGCACCCCAAGAAGACUGUCCAGCGCGCCUACGGUGGUUCCAGAUGCGGUAACUGCGUGCGCGACCGCAUCGUCCGUGCUUUCUUGAUCGAGGAGCAGAAGAUCGUCAAGAAGGUGCUCAAGGAGCAGGAGGGCGCCAGCAAGAAGAAAUAA